AUGGCUUCAAGCCACAGUUCUUCACCAGUGCCUCAAGGAAGCAGCAGUGAUGUUUUCUUUAAAAAAGAGGUAGACCCAACAAAACAUAUUCGAACCGUGCAGUCACUGCCAGAUGUGUGUCCCAAGGAACCCACAGGUGAUACAAAUAGUUUAUGUGUUGCCCCAUCUCUAGUUACAGAUCAACAUAGAUGGACUAUAUAUCAUUCCAAAGUAAAUCUUCCAGCAGCAUUAAAUGAUCCUAGAUUAGCAAAAAGAGAAUCUGACUUCUUCACAAAAACAUGGGGAUUGGACUUUGUGGACACCGAAGUCAUACCUUCAUUCUACCUCCCACAGAUCAGCAAGGAACAUUUUACAGUAUAUCAGCAAGAAAUCUCUCAGUCAGCCCUCUAUAUCACAGGUUCCGUAUCUGUGGAUUUAAUCAACCGCAAAUCGAAAAUACUCAAAAAGCAAUUAAGUGGUCGGAGCAAUCCCUCAAAGGCUCAGAGGGAGCAUAAAAUGCUUUUUACGUACCAUUUAUAUUGUUUUAGGCAUUUGGGAUCACAGCUUUGUGAAUUAGAAAAACUAAUAGAUAAAAUGAUGAUUGCAGAAUUUUCUACUUAUUCUCACAGUGACUUAAAUAGGCCACUGGAAGAUGACUGUCAAAUUUUAGAAGAGGAAAGACUAGUAUCUCUUGUAUUUGGACUUUUAAAACAAAGAAAACUCAAUUUUUUAGAAAUCUAUGGUGAAGAAAUGAUUAUUACAGCAAAGAAUAUCAUUAAACAGUGUGUGAUUAAUAAAGUUUCACAAAUAGAAGAAAUAGAUGCUGAUGUUGUUAUGAAGCAUUUGGGAUCACAGCUUUGUGAAUUAGAAAAACUAAUAGAUAAAAUGAUGAUUGCAGAAUUUUCUACUUAUUCUCACAGUGACUUAAAUAGGCCACUGGAAGAUGACUGUCAAAUUUUAGAAGAGGAAAGACUAGUAUCUCUUGUAUUUGGACUUUUAAAACAAAGAAAACUCAAUUUUUUAGAAAUCUAUGGUGAAGAAAUGAUUAUUACAGCAAAGAAUAUCAUUAAACAGGCAACGUUAAAUAUCAUUCAUAGUGUUGUUCUCUCAGUUCUUGACAAAAACCAAAGGACUAGAGAAUUGGAGGAAGUUUCACAACAAAAGAAUGCUUCAAAAGACAAUUCAUUGGACACAGAAGUGGCUUAUUUAAUCCAUGAAGGCAUGUUUAUAAGUGAUGCUUUCUCAGAGGGUGAAUUGACAUCUGUAGCAGUCGACAGUACCUCUCACAGAAAUGCAUCUCCAAAUAGUGAGCCCUGCAGCAGUGAUUCAGUAUCUGAACCAGAAUGUACUACUGAUUCUUCAUCCAGCAAGGAGCAGACAUCAUCAUCCAUUACUCCAGGAGGUGUGGAUAUGAUGGGCAAUGAGGACAUGAAGUUAACUGACUUGGAGCUAGGAAAACUGGCAAAUAGUAUCCAGGAGUUACUGUAUAGUGCCUCAGAUAUAUGCCAUGAUCGAGCUGUCAAAUUUCUCAUGUCAAGAGCAAAGGAUGGUUUUCUUGAGAAGCUAAAUUCCACGGAAUUUAUAACACUUUCUAGAUUAAUGGAAACAUUCAUUUUAGACACUGAACAGAUCUGUGGAAGAAAAAGCAUGUCAUUACUUGGAGCACUUCAGAGCCAAGCUAAUAAAUUUGUUAAUAGGUUCCAUGAAGAAAGAAAAACCAAGCUCAGCCUCCUCUUAGACAAUGAACGCUGGAAGCAAGCUGAUGUUCCUGCAGAAUUUCAGGAUCUUGUUGAUUCUAUAUCAGAUGGAAAGAUUGCUUUACCUGAAAAAAAAUCAGGGGCUACAGAAGAAAGGAAACCAGCUGAAGUUCUCAUAGUUGAGGGACAACAAUAUGCUGUUGUUGGAACUGUAUUGCUCUUAAUAAGAAUUAUCCUUGAAUAUUGCCAGUGUGUAGAUAACAUCCCAUCUGUUACUACUGACAUGCUUACUCGUCUGUCAGAUUUAUUGAAGUACUUCAAUUCAAGAAGUUGCCAGUUAGUUCUUGGAGCUGGUGCAUUGCAAGUUGUUGGACUGAAAACAAUAACUACAAAAAAUUUGGCUCUUUCUUCACGCUGUUUGCAGUUAAUUGUGCACUACAUUCCUGUGAUCCGGGCACAUUUUGAAGCUCGACUACAGCCUAAGCAAUAUAGCAUGCUUAGGCAUUUUGAUCAUAUCACUAAGGAUUAUCAUGACCACAUAGCUGAAAUAUCAGCUAAGCUUGUAGCGAUAAUGGAUAGCUUAUUUGACAAGCUGUUAUCUAAGAUGUUGUUUUUAAGGAUUAAUGCAAGUUACAAACUACACUUGAAAAAGCAGUUAUCUCACUUAAAUGUGAUAAAUGAUGGAGGACCUCAAAAUGGGUUGGUCACAGCAGAUGUAGCUUUUUACACUGGAAAUCUUCAAGCCUUAAAAGGCCUUAAAGAUUUGGACCUAAAUAUGGCCGAGAUCUGGGAACAGAAGAGGUGAUGACAUACUGGAAAACUGGGUAGUUGAUCUGACCACAGGAUCUAUGUGUUCAUGAAGAAAAUCUGGAUGCCUGUGAUUGGAGAACUGAACGUGGAGCCCAAACUGAACUGGGGUGGGAGUAAGGGAAAGGAAAGCAUCAGUGUUGGGAAACUGGAUUCAGUGGGAUUGACAGGGAACGCUAUUUUUGUGCAUCCUUCAGUGAGGAGUAACUGAUCAGGUGUCUAUAACAUUUUUCAUUCUCUCUGGAAACAGACUCAGGUUUCUUUGGACCAAAUCCAAAAGAACACAUAGCUGUAACACAGCUGUAGUUGACUAGAAUGCUCUGUAUACUUUAUAUUAAAAAAACAAAAAUGCUUUGCAUUUCUUUCAGUGCAAUGAAAUUCAUACGGUGUCCCACCUUAUUUAAUGAUGGUACAAUUUAAAAUAUUAAAAUCUUAGUCAACCUCUGUAGAAAGUUUUCUCUAUGAAAGUAAAGCUGUUUGAAAAAUUAUUUUUUUACAGAUCUUUCUAUACAAAAUAAACAUCUUUUGAUUGCUUGGA